CUCAUGCAUUACAUAAAUGAAAGUAGCAAGGAAGUAAGGCUGAAAAAUACUGAAGUUUCCAUUUGGGGAAUGGCCCUCGACUUGAGACAGAGUGGAGGACGAGAGCUGUGAUAAUCACCUCCAGCUCCACCUUCAUGGCCAAAGCCUUGCGAAGCGUUUGUCCCUGUUUAAAUUCGGUGUGGGAUGUAAUCUUCGCUUCAGAGAGGAACUCCGAGGGACAGAGGGAGAAAGAUUUACCAUCGCCUCGAAAUUCUCUGCUCGCUGAUUCCCAGGAGACCCGACACAUCGUUUACAUGGCGCUGUACGAUUUUCGCGCCCGGACUAGUGACGAACUGUCUUUUCGAGCUGGCGAUGAAUUUGAAAUCCUGAACGACGACGACCGUUCUUCUGGAACUUGGUGGUUUGCAAGGAAACGAAACCGUUCCAAUGGCGAGUGCACAGGAUAUAUUCCUUAUAAUUAUGUUGCUAAGAAAGAAAGUUUAGCCACAGAAUCCUGGUAUGCUGGGAAACUCAGCCGAUCUGAAGCAAAAGUUAUUCUUCUCUCUACCCAAACUACGACUGGGUCUUUCCUUAUUCGUGAAAGUGAAAAUCAAGAAAAUGGGCAUGCAUUAUCUGUACGAGAUGGGACCAUUGUAAGACACUAUCGAGUCAUGCAAGAUAAAACUGAACAGUUUUGCCUGAAUACAAUCAAUCGAUUUUCCAGUCUGAAAGAACUCGUGGAAUACUACAAAUUAAAUUCCCUUCGAUCAGAUCUCCGAUUAACUACACCUUGUCAGCUGAAACAACAUCGACCAAGUAUAAGAGAUUUGUCCUAUCUGACUGUGGAUGAGUGGGAACGACCAAGGAAAGAGUUUACUUUUACGAAAAAGCUGGGUUCUGGACAUUUUGGAGAAGUAUAUGCUGGAUAUUGGAAUAAAACAGUUCAAGUAGCCAUCAAAACAGUCCACGCUGGUGCAAUGAAUCGGAAAGAUUUCCAGAUUGAGACGCAGGUCAUGAAGAAUCUGCAUCAUCCAUAUGUAAUGUCACUGUACGCAAUCUGCACAACGGCUGACCCUUUCUACAUUGUAACUGAACUAAUGAAAAAUGGCAGUCUGUUAAAUUAUUUAAGAAGCAAAGAAGCAUUGCAUUUGGGUUUGGAGCAACUACUUGACAUGGCAGUCCAAGUAGCUGAGGGGAUGUCAUAUUUGGAAUCCCAAAACUAUGUCCAUCGGGAUUUGGCUGCAAGAAACGUGCUUGUUGGAGAUAAUUGCAUUUGCAAGAUUGCUGACUUUGGACUAGCCAGAGCAGUAAAGGAGGGUGUGUAUGUGUCACAAUCAACCGCAAUUCCAUAUAAAUGGACAGCCCCAGAAGCUAUUGAAUUUGGACGUUUCUCUGUGAAAUCAGAUGUUUGGUCUUUUGGCGUUCUUCUUUAUGAAAUAGUCACUCACGGUAGAACACCAUAUCCGGGUUUGGACAACCAAGAAGUAGUGAGCAUGGUUUCCAAAGGUUACCGAAUGCCUUGUCCUGAUGGAUGUCCUGGAAAAUUGAAUGAGAUAAUGCUUCAGUGUUGGAACAGCACAGCACAAAAUCGCCCAUCAUUUAAGGCAUUAGUACAAAUACUGGUGCCCUUCAACAGUUAUGAAGACACUGCCUGACCUGAUAAGGAUUUCCAGUAUUUUCUGGGGGGGGGUUUUGGAUUUCCAGUGGCAUUUAUAUUUUUAAUUUAUGCUAUUUUUUUCUGCUUAUCCUCAAAAAAGCCAUGUUUGAUAUUCCAGCCAAUGAGUGUAAGUUUUGUUAUGUCAGUAACUGGAUAAACAAUUGUAAUUUACAGAGAAACUGUUGCUAAUACACUGUAACCUCUCCAAUCUGGAACGCUCGGGACCAAAGAAUUUCUGGAUUUUGGAAUUUUCUAGAUUCUAGAAUAAUGUUACUAUCCCUACCACAAGUUUGUGAACCAGGUAUAAAUAUGUACCUGAGCCACAAAACAUGCCAAAACUUGUGUUAAGCUACAAAAGCGCACGUUAUCAAAUCCAUUCAUUUGAAAACAUGAGCUGAUGCACUAAUGCACAUGUGCCCAGAAUAAAAUUGAGCAUUGUCAACAGUGAAGCAAUACACUCCUCUUCUUUAAGGAUUGUAUAUCAAUGCACUCAUAGUAUAUGUUUGAAGAUGCUUCUAGCUAUCUCAAGAUCUCCCCCAAUUUUGUUCUAGUUACCAAGUGUCUGCAAAGCAGAGUCGUCAAUCUGGGGUUAGGAGCCUGUACAGCAGGCAGACAGGAGCAGAAACACAAUUAAGUUUGAAGCUGCCACUCCCCAUUCCAGCUCAGCCACAUGACCUGCUGGUUUUCCCCACACCCUGGGCACAUCAGUCAGUCAGUGGCUGAGUUACAUUUGCCAGCUUCUGCCUAUGCACAAACAUCCCGGGCCCACUCAUCCGUUGCUAUUUAGUAGCAUUGAUCCAGUGGGUCCAGGGCUGUUGCAGUGCCGCGGGUGAUGAGUCUGAGAGUUGCGGGGCCUGCUGAAAAAAAUUCUGGGCAAAAGGUGUUUCCGAGUUUUGGAGUUCCGGACUGGAGAGGUUACAAUACAGUGUAUUGGUUAUUAUUGCAUUUGUCCAAGAAUGCCCCCAGAUAACUCACUUCCAUUCACUAUUAUUAUUGCCCAGUGAUCCACUGGCAGGAUUUUUCUUUCAUUCUUUCUUGGGAUGUGAGUGUCAUUGGCAAGGCCAACAUUUGUUGUCCAUCCCUAAUUAUCGGUGAGAAGGUGGUGGUGAGCCAUCUUCUAACUGAGUGGCUUGCAAGGCCAUUUCAAAAGGCCAACUACAUUCCUUUUGGCCUGGAGACACAUGUAGACCAGACCAGGUAAGAACAAAUUUCCUCCCCUGAAGGACAUUAGAGAAACGGAUGAGUUUUUAGGACAACCUGGUAGUUUCAUAGUUGCCAUUACUGUGACUCGCUUUUUAUUCUGGAUUUAUUUAUUAAUUGACUAUUAAAUUCCACCCGCUGCACUCGAUUUGAACAGAUGUCUCUGGAUUACUAGUGCAGUAACAUUACCACUACGCUACUGUCUCCCUGUGAUUGACUGCCAUAAUCUUCUAGCUCAGCAAUGCCAACAUGCAGCCAGACUUGUCCUUGUAUUAAGCUGUUUUAAGCAAAUAGAACAAUGAGAAUCUGUGCAAUAUUUAUUCACUUUCAUUGUAAGAAUAUUAUUAGAAGCUGUGAUCUGAUUGCUUAAUUGAACAUGUUGGAAUAUAUUCUGUACCACUUUGUGUUGAUUUUCAUAACGCAACAAAAUUCACCUUGAACGAAUCAUUACUGUGUCAUAUAUACUUCGUAAACUGAUUUAAGUUCAUCUUCAGAAUUUACAAAAGAGACAACUCAGGGCAAAUGUUCUAUUAGUGUAAGGCUUUUGUUAAUUUUGGUAAUUCCCAUAAUAAAGGUAUGUUUAAUUU